UCCGUGCUCAUGGCUGCCCCCGCCCUGCUCGGUGCCAUGCGGCGCAAUGCGAUGAUGUGCGGUAUGACGACACCAGCGGGCGACACCAGCGGCGGGAUGGGAGCGGACGAGGAGCUGAGCCUGCUGGUCAUCGUCAUCGACACCAACCCCAUCUGGUGGGGGAAGCGGGCGCAGGGGGAGGCUGAGUUCACCCUGUCGAAAUGUGUGGACGCAGCGAUGGUGCUGGGGAACUCCCACCUGUUCAUGAGCCGCACCAACAAACUGGCCGUGAUGGCCAGUCACACGCAGGAAAGCCGUUUCUUGUACCCUGGGAAGCGUUGGGCUUCUGCGGAUCUCCUUGGAGAUGGUGGUAACUCCGUGGAAUCCAAUUGUUCUGGCAGCAAGGAUGGAAAAUAUGAAUUGUUAACUGCAAUCAAUGAUGCAAUUGCAGAAGAGAUUAAAGACCUCAUGACGAAAACUGACAUGAUGGGCCAGCAAACAGAGACUCUCCUAGCAGGGUCUCUUGCCAAAGCACUUUGUUAUAUUAACAAGAUGAGCAAAGAGGUGAAAGCCAAUCAGGAAAUGAAAUCAAGGAUUUUGGUCAUAAAAGCUGCAGAAGACAGUGCAUUACAAUAUAUGAAUUUCAUGAACGUGAUCUUUGCAGCACAGAAACAGAGUAUUUUGAUUGAUGCUUGUGUCUUGGACUCUGAUUCAGGCCUUCUACAACAGGCUUGUGACAUUACAGGCGGCAUAUACCUUAAAGUGCCCCACCUGCCAUCCCUCCUGCAGUAUUUGUUGUGGGUAUUUCUCCCUGAUCAAGAGCAAAGAUCACAGCUUGUGCUUCCACCUCCCGUUCAUGUUGACUACAGAGCAGCGUGUUUCUGUCAUCGAAAUCUCAUUGAGAUUGGUUAUGUAUGCUCGGUGUGCUUGUCAAUAUUCUGCAACUUCAGUCCAAUUUGCAGUACAUGCGAGACUGCCUUCAAAAUAUCACUGCCGCCUGUCAUGAAAGCUAAGAAGAAGAAAUUAAAGUUAGCUGUCUAACGAUGCAACUUAAACACACCGUUACUGCUCCUGUUAUUCCAUGAAGGGGGAUGUACUUGAACAAUUGUUGACACUUUUUACAGGAUAUGAAAGAGAACUGUAUGCAGUCUUACUGCUUUUUUUCUUAAAGUAUUUAAGCCAUUUUUUCUAUGUAGUAACAAAUCACUGUGUUAGCAGGUAAUCUGUGCUGUCUUAAAUACUGUUUAUUCAUUGUAAUUAGAACCAGAAGUUACAGGUUGUUAAGAUGCAGGUCUUGCAAAUUUGGAAGCAUUCUUGCUGCUGCAACUUCAAACUUCCAAGUUAUUUUCCAAGACAAUAAAGUUUUGGUUGUUUUUAAUCACAUGUUGGUGCAGAGGUGAGCUGUCACCACUGCUGAUGUGUAGGGACUGAACCUCAGCACCGCUAUUGAAGGACCUCAGUGUUCUGUGAGCUUUCAGUGUCUGUCUGGGCACUGAAAUGGGGUCAGCUUCGGAAGAAGAAAGCCAAAUGUUUAAAGAUUGCUUAGAACACACCUUCCUGUCGAGGGUGUUCAUUCCUUGGCACGUGCACACGCACUGUGUCAUAUGUUUUUAUUCUCUUUAUGCUUUUUGGCUCUCUUGGAUAGCUGCUCCUCAGUAACUGGAGCAGUAAUAUGGAGGUAUCCUUCCCAGGGGAAUUUUGACCAGAAGACCACAUUUAUGUGUGAGAAGGGGUUUAUGUCUGUAAAAUGACAUCAGUAAAUGUCCAUGAGGUGGUCAGUCUUCAGUGCUGUGCUUUGAAACUGGAAAGGUUUCAGAUCAGUGUGUUUUGUAUUUGAGUAGCAGCUAUGUGUGCCAUGUCCAGGCGUGCAUCUGGCUUCGGUCAGGGCGGUUGUUGUCAUCAGCUCCCGUUCUCGUCGCCAGGAGCCACUUUGUUUGCAAGUUGUAUCUAUAAUUCUGUUCUUACAACACCUUUUGGAAUAAAAGCAGUUCUUUUUACAGA